AUGUGCGAGUAUUAUGCCCACACGUUCCGAUGCAGACAUCAAACCUUCAGUUUCGCCAAAUUUUGCAACUCCGCCAGCCUCAUCCAGACUCCCUGUGCUGACAAGACUAUAUGGGCGAGCAUUGAUAUGAACGGACCGUGCGAGGAAUGU